GUCAGCCUCCAGGGUCUGGAGAAUUUCCUCUGUCUCUUCCACUACGUGCAGCAUCACCCCAACCAGAGCAAGGAUGCCCUGAAGUUCUGCUCAGACAUGAGUGGAGCCAGCAACACGCUGGCGAGGGAGUUCCUGACCGACGUCCAUCAGCUAUGCAGCGCGGUGGCUCAGAGGGCCGAGGCCCGGGAGGAGGACGAGGAGGAGAGUCACAUGGUGGCUCUGGGAGAGUACCUGGUCAGGGGGCGGGGCUUCCUGCUGCUCAGCACGCUGGACUCCAUCAUCGACCAGGAACUGACGUGUCGCGAGGAGCUGCUCACUCUGCUGCUGUCUCUGCUGCCGCUGGUCUGGAAGAUCCCCGUUCAGGAGGAGAAAGCUCCAGAUUUCACGCUGCCGUCCUUACUGGAGGUGUUCCUGAGCCGGGAGCUGAAGGCCGCCCCUCUCAGAGCGGGACAGAAAGCUGCCACAGAUGAACAGAGUACGGGGAAGAGGUCCCGCGUCGGCAGUGGAACCUGGAAGUCCCGGAGGUCUCGCAGGACGUCGCAGAGAUACUCUGUGAAGGAUGCUCGGAGGUCGCAGCUCUCUACCUCAGAUUCAGAAGCAAACACUGAAGACAAAACCGCCGCGGGACCCAGCGGUGCACGGAGCAGGCGGUCACAUGGCUCCACCAUCAGAGUGAGCUGUCAGCAUCAUCGCUCAGAGACAUCACAGUUACCGUCCACCGCCGCCAACACCGCCGCUGACACCAUGAGUGCUCCGUACCCCCACCCGCGAGCCCCCGGGUCCCAGAUGGCCGACACCGAGACUCUGACGGACCCAGCCGCGAUAUCCAUUUUCAACCGCAUGGAGAACUCACCCUUCGAUCUCUGCCACGUGCUCCUCUCUCUGCUGGAGAAGGUUUGUAAGUUUGACAUGAGCAUCAACCACAACCCGGGCCUGGCCGUCAGCGUCGUGCCGACUCUCACCGAGAUCCUGACGGAGUUUGGAGACUGCUGCGGUCCAGGGGGAGGUCAGGGGUCAGGGAUAGAGGAGCUCGCUGGAGGCUGGACUGAGGAGCCCAUCGCGCUGGUUCAGAGGAUGCUCCUACGAACCAUCCUGCACCUGAUGUCAGUGGAUGUGAGUCAGUGUGAAACCCUCCCAGACAGCCUGAGACGCAGCCUGACGGACCUGCUGAGAGCCACCCUCAAAAUCCGGAGCUGUUUGGAGAGACAGACGAACCCUUUUGCCCCACGGCCGAAAAAGACCCUGCAGGAAGUCCAGGAUGACUUUUCUUUCUCCCGCUAUCGCCACAGGGCGCUGCUGCUGCCGGAGCUCUUAGAGGGAGUUCUCCAAGUGCUGCUGGGCUGCCUGCAGGCGUCCACACCAAACCCUUUUUUCUUUAGCCAGGCGCUGGAACUCAUCCACGAGUUCAUCCAGCACCGCGGCCUGGAGCUGUUCGAGGCCACGGUACUGCGGCUGGAGGGACUCGGCAGGGCCAGAGACUCUGAGGUAGUCGGUGAAGCUUCAGAGAGGCUGCUGGGCCUCAUCGCAGGAGUCUUCAAGAUCAUCAGUGCUGUGAAGAAGGCAAAGUCAGAGCAGCUGCAUCAGUCUGUCUGUGCACGCCGCCGCCACCGCCGCUGUGAAUACUCCCACUUCCUGCAUCACCACAGAGACCUGUCAGGUUUACCAGUGUCUGCUUUCAAACAGGCUGCCAGACGAAACCCCUUCGAGGAGGCUGGAGACGGUAAGGAGGGGUUUGAGGGUGAUGCAGUGCGUUACCCGGAGCGCUGCUGCUGCCUCGCCGCCUGCGCUCACCAGUGUCUGCGCCUCCUGCAGAGACUCUCUCCUAACGGGCCGGCUGUGCUGCAGGUCCUGGCUGGAGUUCAGGCCGUUGGAAUCUGCUGCUGCAUGGACCCUCGCUCUGUCGUAGGUCCCUUGCUGCACGCCUUCCAAGCUCCAGGCCUGCGCAGUUACCAGACUCACGUUCUGGGCGUCCUGAGCAGACUGAUUCUGGAUCAGCUAGGAGGGGGGCAGCCAUCAGAGAAAGCUAAACUCGCCUCCUGUAACAUCUGCACUCUGGACAGCAGCCAGCUCCCCGGGCUAGAGGAGACUCUGCAGCACGGGGAUCAUUCGGUUUCCACCAGUCUGUGUUAUCGCUCACAGGGGAUCCUGCCCAGCGGAGGGGGCGCAGAGGACAUGCUGUGGAAGUGGGACGCUCUGGAGGCCUACCAGGAGCUGGUGUUCGGGGAGGACUGGCAGCUGAGUCAGCAGAUAGCCGGACACGUGUGCCACCUGACCCUGAGGGGGAACGCUAUAGUGCAGUGGCAGCUCUACACACACAUCUUCAACCCGGUGCUGCAGAGAGGGGUUGAGCUGGCCCAUCACGCCCAGCACCUGGGGGUCUCCACGGUCUGCACCCAGGUCUGCAGCUAUCACACACGGUGCCUGCCUGUGGAAGUGCUGCUGAUUUACCUGCAGACAUUACCUGCCCUUCUCAAGUCAAGGGUCAUCAGAGACCUCUUCGUCAGCUGUAACGGACUCAAUCAGGUGACAGAGCUGGUCUACCUGGACCAGACCCGCUCUCUGGCCCUGAAGGUGUUUGAGACUCUGAUAAUCGGCAGCAGACACCACCAGCCUGACGGGGUGCUCCAGGAGCUUGAGAGCGCUGAUGCUGAAGAAAGGGAGGCCAUCCUGGGGUUGGCUGAAGAGCUGGGGUCCCGAGGGGCCGGAGAGGGCCCGCAGAGCCUCAGCAAGUUCUACGAAGGUCUAAAGGAGGCGUACCCACGCCAUAAGAGCCGGAGCGGGCAGGGGCGAGGACCGGGCCGCAGCCGAGCAGAGACACACCUUCAUGUGAUCAACCUCUUCCUGUGUGUGGCCUUCCUCUGCGUCAGCAAAGAGCCGGACUCAGACCGGGACUCUGCCAACGACUCCGAGGACACUUCAGGUUACGACAGCACGGCCAGCGAGCCUCUGGGGGGGCGGCUGCCUUACCUGUCACCUGACAGCGUGGCCCUGCCUUCCAAAGAGCAGGUACGCCGCGCCGCAGACGUGUGGUCAGUGUGCAGGUGGAUCUACCUGGCCAGCCCCUUGUUCCAGAGGCAGUUCUUCAGGUUAGGCGGUCUGGACGUCUGCCUGCGCCUCAUGGCCAUGGUGAUCCAGAAGCUCUCCUGUAAGCCCAAGGACGGGAAAGCAAAGAAAAGGAGGGACGGUAAGGCCAAAGGAAGCCCUGAGUCCGUGGCCCCGGCUACCUCCCUGGGACUAGAGGAGACGCUUCAUGGUCCAGUGGAAACUCUCAGUCCUAGUCCUGCUGAGGGGAAGACCAAAGAUCCAGCAAAGAAGCUUGAGGAGGAGUGGCAACUCCAAAGUAUUCGACUCCUGGAGGCGCUGCUGGCUAUUUGUCUGCACAGCGCUAACUCGGCCCUGCAGAGGAUCGAACCCGAGCUUUCUUAUCAGCUGCAGUCGGUGGAGGAGACGCUGUUCGAGGUGAGAGACCAGCUCUCUCGCUCCGGCGUGGUGAACUCUGACCUCGCCGUCCCUCUGUUCGACUCUCUGCUUAGGGUUGCCUUGGCAGAGGUGUCGUCUGGUCCUGACCCCCCUGAGGAGAAGCCAGACAGGGUGAGUCCUGCCAUAGGAGAAACUAAGCUCCAGGUGUUGGCGGAGGGGGCGGCCCCAGCAGGAGAUCUAUCGGAGGAGGUGGACGAGGUGCAGAGCUGUGGCGUCAAGCCCCCGGGGGAGGAGGAGGGCUACGACGCUGACAGCGAGAGCAACCCCGAGGACAUGGCAAAGCAGGAAGAGGGUUUGAAGGUGGAGUCUUCGGCUCUGCGGGAGUUUGUGGCGGUGGCGGACGGGCCCGGGCGUGGCGUGCUGCUGUUCCCAGAGAUCUGCACGAUGGAGCUGCAGCUUCUCGCCACGGGCUCCCCGGACCUGGAGGUUCUGAGUCACGUGUUUCACAGCCUGCUGGGAGCCGUGCACGCCAACCGCCGUAACGCCGCCUUGCUCUACGAUCAGGGAGGAGUCAAAACCAUCCUGUCUGGUUUUCACAACAUCCUGAGCCAAACAGACCCCUCCUUCACAGACUGCCAGACUGUGCUGAUGGAGCUGCUGGUCGCCAUGGUCAGCCUGCGAAUCACCGCGGAGGAGCUGGCCCUGUUGAUUCGUCUCUUCCUGGAGAAGGCCCCGCCCACCGUGAUUCUCCUGAAAGGAAUCCUUCAAAUCGUCGAAGCCAACAUGGACAUGGAGCCUCUUCACUUCCUCACCUUUCCCAUAAUCCUCGGCGCCUCGACGCCAGGAGGGUCGUCCGCCGGUUCCCGACAGAACGGAGCGGCGGGAGGGAAGAGCGUGGGUUUGCUCUGGAAAGGUAAACUGUCUCCCGGUCGCAGGGAGGGCGACGCCGACCACAGGCCGAGCCACAUCCGCUCCUCUCCCUGGCACAUCUCUCCCCUCCACCUGCCUCUGGUGGGGCAGAACUGCUGGCCCCACAUGGCGAGCGGAUUCAGCGCCUCCAUGUGGCUGAGGGUGACGGAGCAGGAGGAGAAAGACACGGAUAGAGACGAGGAGGAGGGUAACGUCCCUGCAGCGGAGUCCCGUCACAGCUCCUCUCAGGCGGGGGUGAGAUCAUCAGAGGAGGGACUCGUUCACAUCCUGUCCAUGGGCUCCAAGGCGCUGAUGCUGCAGGUGUGGGCGGACUUCUCCUCAGGCUCUCUCACAUUCAGGAUCUGCAUCGAUCCAAACGACGAGAUCAAAGCGGGACUUCUGGCUCAGGCUGAGUCCGGAGAGGAGCUCCUCGUAGCGGGGCAGUGGCAGCACCUGGGCCUCACCUACACCCAGCAGCCGGAGGGCAAGAAGAACAUCCACGGCCGGGUGGUGGUCUGGGUGUGCGGCAUCAGGAAAUGUGAAGUGUCUCUGGAUUACACCUUACCCAGAAAGUCCAGCUUAUCAUCCGACAGCAACAAAACCUUCUGCAUGCUGGGUCACUGCACGCCGUCCUGCGGGGAGACGCUGAAGCACGGCGGACGCUGGAGCAUGGGCACCGUGCUUCUGUUUAACGGAUCCAGAGUCGGCCCAGAGGAGGCUCUCUACCUCUACACCAGCGGGCCCGACCUCACCUCCAUCAUGCCCUGCAAGUACGGCAAGCCGGGUGGGACGUUCUCCAAGUUCGUGACCGAGGAAGGCCUGAAGUGCGAGCACGUCCGAGAGCUGCUGAUGAAGAGCAACGACGUGGACACGACGGCUCUGGUUGAGAGUUUAGCCGUGGUCUACGCUCCCAGCAGCCCCAGAGUCUACACCAUCUACGAGCCCGUGAUCCGACUGAAGGGUCAGGCCAAGACGGUGGUCACCCAGCGUCCGUUCAGCUCCAAAGAGGUGCAGAGCGUUUCCCUGGAGCCCAACGCUCUCAGGUCCCUGCUCCCGACCGAAACACAAGGCCUGCAGAGCGUCCUGCACAAGAUCGGAGGGACGGGGAACUUCGUCUUCCUCUUCGCUCAGACGGUGGAGCUGAGCGACUGUGAGAAGACGCAGGCUCUGGCCCUGCGCGUUCUGCUGUCUCUGUGCAAGUUCAACCAGCACCGCAUCCACGAGAUGGACUGCUACCACGUCUACUCCAUGAUCCACCAGGUCCUCAUCAAGACCAAGUGCAUCGUGGGAUAUCACAUGCUGAAAACUCUAUUGGACGGAUGUUGCAGCGGAUCGAUCCUCCUCCUCGGAGACGAUGGACAGUUCCGUUUGGACACAGAGUCCAUCGCUGUGGUCCAGGAUACCAGGCUGCUCUCAGACGUCCUGCUGGACUGGAAGAUCUGGGCCAAGGCGGAGGUCGGGGUGUGGGAGACUCUUCUUGCAGCGUUAGAGAUCCUCAUCAGGGUCCACCACCCUCAUCAGGUCUUCAACAUUCGUCAGUUCCUCAAGGCUGAAGUGGUUCAUCGCUUCCUGCUCACCUGCCAAGUGCUGCAGGAGCAUCGAGACGAGCAUCUGACCGCCAUCCCUCAGGAGGUCUGUCUGUCAUUCGUGAAGAUCAUCCAGGAGGUCCUCGGGUCUCCUCCGGACAUGGACCUCCUGAAACUGAUCUACAACUUCCUGCUGGCCGUUCAUCCCCCGACAAACACCUACGUCUGCCACACUCCGUCCAGCUUCUACUUCUACCUGCACAUAGACGGGAAGCUGUACCAGGAGAAGGUGCAGUCCAUCAUGUACCUGAGACACUCCAACAGCGGGGGGAAGUCGGCCUGCAGCUCUGUGGUGUCGCUCUCCCCGACGGUGUUCGCUGAAGCUCCUCAUGAAGGUCAUCUCCCCGCUCCUUCCCCGGAGCACGGAGGAGACGAUCAGUCGUUACGCCCCCCCAGCCUCGCUCCGUCUCCGUACUCCUCCCCUCUGCUGACUCCUCGACUCGGACACACUGGCGUCCCCGCUGAGGGAGCCGAAGGCGACGGGGUCUCCCUCGCCACUCAGCAGGGUCUGGGCAGCACGGAGACGCUGAAGAAGGGCGGAGGUGAGGAGCAGCUCCUGAGCAGCUGUGAGUCAGCAAAAACCAUCUGCGAGUCCAAAGACGCAGGAGAGGGACGGGCCAUGCAGACGCCCUCCAUCAGCGUGGAGGAGGAGCGAGACGAGGCGGCGGAGGUGGACAGCCUGGCGGAGGGCAGCGUGGGCGUGGCGGAGUCUGAGGACAGGUUUGAUUGGGCCAGCGAUGAAGCACCGCGGCGUCCCGACAGCCUUAAAGGGAUCCAGUCCUUCCAGCGCAGCCACAGUAACCUCGCCAGUUUGGGUCUGGCCUUCCCGGCUCCAAACGGCUCGCUGGCGAUCGGACGCUGGCCCACGGCGGCAGACCGAGCGUCCAUGCCGGAAGACUGGGAGAGCUACACCUACUCGCCUGGAUAUGAGAGGGCGCACAGCAAGGCGGAGUCAAAUGACAGGUCCAGCUCCGAGGACUGCCUGGUGCUGAUCUGCUGCGGACUCUACGACCUGCUGAGAGGAAUCCUGCUGCUGCUGCCCGACCUCAUGCUGGAGGAGGUGAUGGACAAACUCAUCCAACCCGAGGCGCUCAUCGUCCUCGUCAACCACUCGUCCCCUCUCAUCCAGCAGGGCGUCAUGAAGCUGCUGGAUGCGUACUUCAGCCGAGCCCUGAAGGAGCAGAAGGAGAAGUUCCUGAAGAACCACGGCUUCUCUCUGCUCGCCAACCAGCUGUACAUCCACCAGGGCAGCCAGGGGCUCCUCGAGUGCUUCCUGGAGAUGCUGUUUGGACGGCCGGUCGGUCUGGAGGAGGAUCUGGAUCUGGAAGAAAUGGAAAACAUCUCUCCCUUCAGGAGGCGCUGCAUCAUCCCGGUGCUCGGCCUGAUCGAGAACUCUCUGUAUGAGAACUCUCUGGUGCACAACAUCCUGUGCAUGCUGCUGCAGCUCCUCAACGCCUGCCCCAAGCUGGCCGACAUCCUGCUGGACCACGGGCUGCUCUACGUGCUCUUCAACACCCUCUCCACGCUCAACGGCAUGGAGAACGGAAUCCCCCUGAACGACUACAAGCUCCUGGUGUGUGACAUCCAGCAGCUGUUAGUCGCCGUCACCAUCCACUCCUGCAGCUCUUCAGGGUCCCAGUACUUCCGCAUCAUCGAGGACCUCAUUACCUUGCUCGGCUUCAUGCAGACGAGCAAGAUGCGACGCACGCAGGAGAUGGCGGUGGCGUUGCAGUUCCGCGUCCUCCAGUCGGCCAUCGAGUUCAUAAAGACGACGGCGAAUCAGGAGCCUCAGAAGAUGAGCAGCUCCAUUAACGCACCGAGCUCUCCUCAUCACGCCAUCUAUCAGAAGAGGAAGAGCAUCGCGGGGCGGCGUCGCUUCUCCCUCGCUCAGGCCGACUCGCUCCUGAUGCGGAUGCGAUCUGUAGCAAGCGAUGAGCUGCACCAGAUGAUGCAGAGGAGGAUGAGCCAGGAAAACCCGAUCCGGGCCAACGAGACCGAGUUCGUCCAGCGGCUGCAGAGGCUCGUGGUCCUCGCCGUCAACAGACUCAUCUACCAUGAUGUGAGUCAGGAUUUAUUUGACCUGCUGAACAUCCCCGACUCUCCGGACCAGCAGCUUCUCACCCCAGACCCAGGAGAUCCGCAGCAGGAGGAGAGCGGCUCCUCUUCUGUGCCUCACUCUCCCACCCCCUUCACGCUGCCGCCCGCCAGCAAGAAGAGCUUCCAGAAAGACAUCCUGCGACUCAUGAUGGACGGGAUCAAGAUCAGCCUGGGGAGCACGGGUCGAGGAGGAGCCCCACACCAGCAGUGGAGGAGGAUCCUGUGGUCGUGUCGGGACACUUUCAGGGUUCAGAUCGGCCGCCUGCUCGUGCACACGCUCAGUCCUUCACUGCCGCUGACCGACAGGAAGGAGACGCUGGAGUUUGUGUUUGAUCCACGGCAUCUGGAUAUCCUGAAGGAGAGCCUCAGCCCGGGUCUGGAGCACGGCCCGAAGCUGUCGCUCUACCUUUACGAGAUGCAGCACGACCACAAGGACAACCUCAGCAAGGAGGAGCUGAACGCCGUCGGCGUGUUCAUGACGUCGCUCAAGCUCUGCGGUCAUCGCUGCAUCCCGCCGAACGCGCCGCACAAACAGGACCUGCUGAAGGCCAUAAAAGAGGAGAAAUUUAAAUAUGAAGCGGAGGAGAAAACAAGCAAACUGGCGUGGGAGAAGAAAAUGGCCAACACUCAGAGGAAUCUUAUUCAGAGGCUGGACGGAAAGUCCAAGGACAUUUCCAAGAUCGCAGCCGAUAUCACUCAGAACGUGUCUCUGCGGCAAGGCAUGGAGAGGAAGAAAGUCAUCCAGCACAUCAGAGGACUCUACAAGACCGACCUCAGCGCCAGCAGGCACUGGCAGGAGCUGGUGCAGCAGCUCACACACGACCGGGCGGUUUGGUACGACCAGACGUCUUACCCGACGUCGUGGCAGCUUGACCCCACCGAGGGGCCAAACAGGGAGCGACGGCGGCUGCAGAGAUGCUACCUCACCAUCCCCAACAAAUACCUGCUGAAGGACCGACGCAAGCCAGAAGACACGGUGAAGCCGGCGUUGUCCUUCCUGUUUGAGGAUAAGACCCACUCCUCCUUCUCGUCCACCGUCAAAGACAAAGCCACCAGCGAGCCCAUCAGGUUCACCAGACGGUGCAUCAGCGUGGCCCCCUCCAGAGAGACGGCAGGGGAGCUGCUGCUGGGGAAGUCUGGGAUGUACUUUGUGGAGGACAAUGUCGCCGAGGCUCACGACAACCAGGUCCUUCACGGGGAGACGGAGGCGCCCUCUUUCUCCUGGACGUACGAGGAGAUCAAGGAGGUGCACAAGCGCUGGUGGCAGCUCAGAGACAACGCGGUGGAGAUUUUCCUCACCAACGGGAGGACCCUGCUGUUAGCCUUCGACAACACCAAGUUCCGUGACGACGUCUACCACAACAUCCUGACCUCUGACCUCCCCAACCUGCUGGAGCACGGGAACAUCACGGCGCUCACUCAGCUGUGGGGCUCGGGUCAGAUCUCCAACUUCGAGUACCUCACGCACCUCAACAAGCACGCGGGUCGCUCCUUCAACGACCUCAUGCAGUACCCGGUGUUCCCCUUCAUCCUGAGAGACUACACGAGCGAGACCAUUGACCUGCAGGAGCCCGGCAUCUACAGGAACCUGAGCAAACCCAUCGCAGUGCAGUCCAAAGAGAAGGAGGAUCGAUACGUGGAUAACUACAGGUACCUCGAGGAGGAGUACAAGAAGGGCAUCCGUGAAGACGACCCCAUGCCUCCCGUGCAGCCGUACCACUACGGCUCGCACUACUCUAACAGCGGCACCGUGCUGCACUUCCUCGUGCGGAUGCCUCCGUUCACCAAGAUGUUCCUCGCGUACCAGGACCAGAGCUUUGAUAUCCCCGACCGGACGUUCCACUCCAUGAACACCACGUGGCGUCUGUCCUCCUACGAGUCCAUGACGGACGUGAAGGAGCUCAUCCCCGAGUUUUUCUACCUCCCAGAAUUCCUCGUCAACAGAGAAGGUUUUGAUUUCGGCGUUCGUCAGAAUGGCGAGAGGGUGAAUCACGUGAACUUGCCUCCCUGGGCGCGAAACGACCCCCGUCUGUUCAUCCUGAUCCACCGGCAGGCGCUGGAGUCAGACCAGGUCUCGCAGAGUCUGUGUCAGUGGAUCGACCUGGUGUUCGGUCUGAAGCAGAAAGGCAAAGCGGCCGUCCACGCCAUCAACGUCUUCCACCCCGCCACGUAUUUCGGCAUGGACGUGUCGGCGGUGGAGGACCCGGUGCAGCGCCGCGCCCUGGAGACGAUGAUAAAGACGUACGGUCAGACGCCCCGGCAGCUCUUCAGCGCCUCUCAUGCCAGCAGAGCCGGGCCCAAACUCAUGAUGGAGGGCGAGCUGCCGGCGGCCAUGGGGCUCCUGGUUCAGCUGGCCUUCAGAGAGACUCGAGAGCAGGCGAAGGAAAUCGUGUGCCCGAGCCCGCUGCCGUGGAUCAAAGGUCUGAAGUGGGGCGAGUACGUAGGCUCGCCCUCCGCUCCGGACCCGGUGGUGUGUUUCAGUCAGCCGCACGGGGAGAGGUUCGGAUCCCUGCUGGCUCUGCCGACACGGGCCAUCUGUGGACUGUCCCGCAAGUUCUGCCUCAUGAUGAUUUACAGCAAAGAGCAGGGAGUUCGGAGCAUGCACAGCACAGACAUCCAGUGGUCGGCCAUCUUGAGUUGGGGAUACGCGGACAACAUCCUGAGGCUGAAGAGCAAACAGAGCGAGCCGCCGAUCAACUUCAUCCAGUGUUCACAGCUUCACCAGGUGACCAGCUGCGCCUGGGUGCCCGAUGGCUGCCAGCUAUUUACGGGCAGCAAGUGUGGAGUCAUCACCGCCUACAGCAACCGCUUCACCAGCACCACGCCGUCAGAGAUGGAGGUGGAGUCUCAGGUUCACCUGUACGGGCACACGGGUGAAGUCACCAGCCUGUUUGUGUGCAAACCGUACAGCAUCCUCAUCAGCGCCAGCAGAGACGGCACCUGCAUCCUCUGGGACCUCAACAGACUCUGUUAUGUACAAAGUCUCACAGGACACAAAAGCCCGGUGACCGCCGUGUCCGCGAGCGAAACCACCGGUGACAUCGCCACAAUCUGCGACUCAGUGGGCGGAGGCAGCGACCUGCGGCUGUGGACGGUGAACGGCGACCUCAUUGGACACGUCCACUGCAGAGAGAUCAUCUGCUCUGUGGCGUUCUCCAACCAGCCCGAGGGCGUUUCUGUCAACGUCAUCGCAGGCGGGCUGGAGAACGGCGUCGUCAGGUUGUGGAGUACCUGGGAUCUGAAACCCGUGAGAGAGAUCACCUUCUCCAAGUCCAGCAAACCGAUCAUCAGCCUGACGUACUCGUGUGACGGUCACCACCUCUACACGGCGAACAGCGAGGGCACGGUGAUGGCGUGGUGUCGGCGGGACCAGCAGCGGAUGAAGCUGCCCAUGUUCUACUCGUUCCUGAGCAGCUACGCCGCGGGCUGACCACGACGGCGUGUCUGAUGUUUACUCCCGUCUCUGGCGAGAGGAGCCUUCUGUUCUUUCCCUCCCUCUUCCUGCGCUCCUCUUCCUCCUGCACUGACAUGAAGGAGGACGAGUCAGCAUGGCCUCCCUGACCCCUCCCUGACUUUUAACUAAAGCCAUCCUCGGUUGCGCCAGCUCCUCAAACACUCCCAGCAUCCUGAAAUGAUGAAGAUAGUAUUACAUGUACAUAAUCUAUAUUUAUAAACAAACUGAAGCUGAAUGUCGAGGCGGAGUGGAUGAGCUGCAACAGACACUUUAUAUAAAAGCAUUUCUGAGAGUGUUUGCUUUGUCAAGUCUUUCAUGGUUCAGUUUUUCCUGCCGUUGAGUUUCCCUGGUUUGUGUAAAGAUCCUGAUGUUUCCUGGUAAGCUGCUAUCGUCUGGUUGAAGCCCGGACCCGAAGUGUGAACCCCCCCUAGUCUCUCACGUUGUCGUCACAGCUCGGGAUCUCCCACAGCGAGGCGUCGGAGCCCCUCCUCACGUCUGCCACCGGGAGACAUCCCGCUCUGUGGGAGUGAGACGCCGCUCUGCUGGGCUGUCUGCUCCGCUCUCGUCUGAACGCCGGAGUCUCAGCUCGCCUUCAGUGUGUGUGUGUGUGUGUGUGAGCUCAGAGGAGGGACGGGGGGACGGUGCAAUGAAGUGUUCCUCGUGUUGCCUGUUCUCCUGUCCUACUUCUGCAUGCUGGGAUGAUGCUGAUGUUGAGUGUGUGAGUGUGUGAGUGUGUGUGAGACAUUUACCGUCAUGAUACCUUCUUACAGCCUUCUUUUGUUGAAUCUCUCUCUCCGCUCUGAGAAUGUUGAAUUCAGUUAUUUAUUAGAAACACUGCAGAGACUUCUCUUUCCCUCUUUUCUCUCUCUACCUUUCCUCCUCUCUCUGAAAUGCACUAAAGGCUUUUCAUCCUGGAUGUUUGCUGCUCAAAGUUAUUAAGAGAAGUUCAUUUCAAUGUUCUUAUGACCAAAAUAUGAAGUAUGGUUUAAACUGCAGACAUUGACAUGGAUCACAGCAGCUUGGCUUUGAUCUCUGAAUUCUUAUUAUCUCAGAAUUCCAAGAUCAGUGUCAGAAUUCUGAGAACAAAGCCAAAAUUCUGACAUUGAUUUAGGAAUUUGAUCUUGGAAUUCUGGCUUUCAUCUCGGAAAUCCAAUUUUCAGAAUUCCAAGACCAAUCCCAGAAUUCCAAAAUCAAAGCCGGAAUUCUGGCUUUGAUCCAAGACUUCUGGCUUUGAUCUCAGAAUGCUGAAAUUGAUCUCAGUAUCAUGGCUUUGAUCUUAUAAUUCUGGCGUUGAUCCAAAACAUUUGGCCUUGAUCUCAGAAAUCUGUCUUUGAUCUUGGAAUUCUUAAUAUCUCAGAAUUCCAAGAUCAAAGACAGAAUUCUAAAAUCGAUCUCGGAAUUCUGGCUUUGAUCCAAGAAUUCUGGCUUUCAUCUUGGAACUCCAAUUUUGAUCUCAGAAUUCUGGCUUUGAUCUUGGAAUUCUUCUUAUCUCAGAAGUCAAAGAUCAAUGUCAGAAUUCCAAAAUCAAAGCCGGAAUUCUGGCUGUGAUCCAAGAUCUCUGGCUUUGAUCUCAGAAAUCUGGCUUUGAUCUAAGAAUUCUUAUUAUCUCAGAAUUCUAAGAUCAAAGACAGAAUUCUGACAUUGAUCUCGGAAUUCUGGCUUUGAUCUCGGAAUUCUUAUUAUCUCAGAAUUCCAAAAUCAAAGCCACCCCAACCUCAAUCUUAGAAUCCUGACCUUCAUCUCAGAACUUCGACUUUGACGUCAGAAUUCUGACUUUUUUAGACCCAUAAACAAACAUUGUCCCUGAUCCUCUCUGUAGUAGUAAAAUUAAUGUCUGCUCAAAGCCUGUAUCCACUGCUGCCUGGUUUCUGUCAGACGAGUCAGGGAUAAUAUUUAGUGAGCAGGUAGUUACACACAUUAGAAUCAUGAAGGGUGACCUCAGUGAAAUGUGGAGGGUGUCUUAAACCACAAUGUUUACCAAUUUAGCAUUUUCACCACAGUGUCAACAGGCAGAGGUGAAAUGUGCCGGACUCCUUAUGAAGGAUUCUUUUGUUGUUGAGAAUCAAUAUUUAACACAGCCAGGUAAAAAAAACACAACACAUGUACAUGACAAAGUCAGCAGAGCCUGAAGUUAACGUUUUGUCCACAGGGGGCGCCAAAAUCAACACAGGAGCUUUAACUUUAACGACACCUGACUUAAAUUAAGAAUGUUCCUUGAAUUCAGAGAUCUUAUGAACAUCAUUACAGAUCCAUGAGUCCGCUUCAGUCCAGAGAGCUCGUGUGAAGCAGGACGGUGUUUCUGGCGUAGAGUUUCUAACACUACACUGAUCCCUCUGGGUGUUUGUGUCCUCCUCAUCCAGCUCUUCUUUACAUUCCCUCUUUCUUUACAGCACUUUGUUUAAAGUGAAACAGGAAGUGAAAGCACUUUUUUUAUCCGCUAACUCAAAAAGAUUUGCUUUUUUUAUUCUGCUGAAUCGACCUAGAGAGCAAUACCAGGCAUGCAAUAUGUCAUCUUAAAGGUGUGUGGAGAUGAUGCUCUGCCUUCAGUGAAAGACGAUGUCUUACGUUUCUGAUUGUUUACGAAAAAGGGAAUAUUUCUUCUCGUCUUUUGAAUUCAUUCCUUUUUGUUCUCUUUGAGUCGUUGUUUCUGUUCAUCUCCUGGAGCCGUGUUGUUCUGUGCAGCGUCAGGACACCGUGUUUAUGUUUACUUUACAGCCUUUCUUUUCUUAAACAUCCUUUUGUUUGAAGGUUUUUUCCUGUUUUUGUUUUUUGAAAAAAUACAACAAAAAAUACAA